AUGAUCAGAAGUUAUUCAUCCAGGAGUCUAUUAUUCGCUCGUAUAUCGACCCAUAAAAACACGACAUUUAAGGGUUUCAGCCCGCCGGCUGUUUUGGUCCCCUACUUCACCGCCAUUUUGCUUUUCUUUUCACCUAAAACUCCCAAAAAGGGGUCAACUAUCGGUGGAUACUCGAAGACAAUUUUCUACCUCUUUGCUGCUAUCAUUACAUCUAUCUAUCUAUCUAUCUAUCUAUCUAUCUAUCUAUCUAUCUAUCUAUCUAUCUAUCUUAGCCUGUUCAUAUCUACCCGUCUAUCUAUUCAUAUCUUUCGCCCGUUUCUCUGUUCGUUUUACAACUCGUUUUUUAUUAAAUUACUCACAGCAGCUCUGUUUUUACCACCAUUUCCUUCAUUAUCCAUUCUGUCUUCAGUUUUUCACCUUUCUAUUUAUUUUUUCUUUAAACACUCUCUUCCGUCCAUUUCAUCUUCUUUCCGCUCUACCUGUAAGAAUAAAGAAAAAAAACCCAAAACUUUCUUCCUCUUUUUGCUUUCCUGCUCUUUUUCACGUCUCAGUUCUUCCUUCCCUCGUUUCAUACGACCGCUGGGCACACACCAUUCUUCAAAGGAAAUUUUGACCAGUUUCAAUUCAGGCCGGGUCGUGGGAAAAAAAACUCCGUGUCCACAGUCCGAUACAGAAAAGACUUUAUUUGUCGCUGUUGGUCCUCUACACCUGGACAGGUCAUCGUCACGAAAUAGCGUGAGUCAAAAGGAAAAUGUAAAGAGACGUUAUGAAUAG